UUUGAUUUUUCAGCCAUAAGCACCCUCUGCGUUCUCAAUUACCGCUGGUUAAAGAAAUCUCCUUCUUGCUGCAGGUGGUACAAGCUGCGCUCCAAACCAGGGAAGAAGGAAAAGGAGAGAGGGGAAAUCGAGGUGGAUAUCCAGUUCAUGAGGAGUAACAUGACAGCCAGCAUGUUUGAUCUGUCCAUGAAGGACAAGCCCCGCUCUCCCUUUGGGAAGCUCAAAGACAAGCUCAAGGGCAAGAGGAGCAGUGGCCUCUCGGACACGGCUUCGGCCAUCAUCCCCAGCACCUCCCACUCCCCUGCCGACAGCGAGGAUGAGGCAAUUGAGAAGGAGAAGAAGAAAUCCAAGUUCAAAGCGCUGUUCUCCAAGCCUGGCCUGCAGAAGACAUCCCUGUCCCAGUCCAUGUCUGUGCUGCCCACUCAGCAGCCCCUCACCCAGAGGGUUCGGCUGCGGCCCAGCGACUUCCAGGCACAGUGGGAUGAGGAGGAGUCUGAGACCUCUCCUGCCUCAGAACGAUCCUUUGAAAAUGCGUUGGAAGAGAAGCCAGCUCCUUCUCCAUUGUUUAAAUCUCGUAAACCAGCCUUUUUGGACAGUAGGCAGCUAAGCCAAGGAAUCUCUAACCACACCAAAAAGGAUGGGCUCUCUUUGUUCAGUGGCCUGAAAUCCAAAAGCGAUCCUGUGUCCAAGUCUAGUCUGUGCAUCAAUGGCAGUCACGUCUAUAUGGAAGAGACCACAACCAAGGACAAGACUCCAACCUCCUCCCCCUCUCCUCACAACCUCAGGAGGAAGCAGCUCUUUGCUUCAGAGGAGAACCUGUCCUCCAGGCCCACUAAAUCACCUGAAGAGAUGGGAAGAACCUCUCCUGGUCAGGCUGUCUCCGGGUCCACAUCCUUGGAGACCUUCAAAUCCAUGACUUUGCCGUCAUACAAACUGCUCAGCAGUGAGGAGCACCUGGACACCAGCAUUCCACCAAGCAUAGAGGCUGCUAGAGAGACAAAAAAAACAGACCACAAAAAGUCUGCCUUGCUCUCCCUGGUCACUGGAAAGAAGGAAACGGUGAAGACCAGUGAUGCUGAGAUUAUUCCUGACAGGACCCUGCAGAGUGAGGAAAAUACAAUUCCAGAAGAGAAGAGUGAAGAGGAGGCCAAAUGCCCUGAAGUCCCAGCAGAUUUGGGCAGAGGGAGCCCGUCAGGAGAUGCUCACCAUGCAGAGGUGGAGGAGGCCAUCACAAACAAGCAGCUGCUCAGCCCUUUUGAGGAGGAACGGAAACCUGAGAAAGCUGCGCCAGCCAAGACCAAAGCUGUGAAACCCAGACUCCAUCCUGUGAAGCCAAUGAAUGCCAUGGCAAGCAAGCCUCAGAGCAAGAACCUGAAUGUCAUCAGCACCAUGAACGAAAAGCUGCUGGAAAUGAGUGUGAAGAAAUAUGAUCCCUCAGACCCUGCCUAUGCCUAUGCUCAGCUGACACACGAUGAGCUGAUCCAGCUGGUGCUGAAACAGAAGGAUACCAUUACCAGGAAGGACCUCCAGGUGCGGGAGCUCGAGGACUACAUCGACAACCUGCUUGUCAGAGUCAUGGAAGAAACCCCAAACAUCCUCCGUGUUUCCAUGUCCGGCAACAGAAAAGCUGGGAAGAUGUGAAGGGUCUGUGGGUGUCGGUGAACAAGGACUGAAUUCCCCCAGAGGAGGGUGAGGAGCUGGUGGUGCCGGUUGUGCUGCUCACACAAAAUGACCUUUUUCCUGUUUCUGCCUUGAGCAACUCUUGGAGUGAUUAAUAGUUCCAUCAGGUGUUGUAAUGAAGUCACCUUAUCAUAUUUAUUUUUUGUUUUCUUCCCAUUCUUUGGGAAGAUCAGGCAUUAAUCCAAAGGCUAGUUGUGAUGGGAAGGAGGAGGGUUUUUGAUGUGUUUUGCUUCCCAGCAAGGCGCUGAUGAUCCUUGAGGAAGAUUUUUUAAAAUUGUUUUAUUUUGUAGCAGCUUUGAUAGAUCAGUUACUUUUCUUUCCACAUCUGAAGUUGUAGUGCAAUAUAAAUCCUUGUACAGUAGAGUUCGAGGAUUUGAUUGUUUUUAAAAUAAUAAUUAGCUACACUGGAGAAGUCCAAAGAUGUCCCAGCUUCAGGCCUGGGCUGUAAUUUAAAAGGAAUUAAUUGAAAGUUGACCAUAAGUUGACCAAAUCUCAGUUCAUCUCCCCACGUGGAUAUUCCCAAGAGUCGUUCAAGGGAAAGUUUACAGGUUUUUAGGAGGAGACAUUGAGGUUCACAGGACGUUUCUACCAUAGGAAUGGAAUCAAUCAGUUUGGGCCAAAGGUA